CUUUGUCGCUCUCCCGUCAAUUCUGUUUUUCCCUCCUUGUUCGGCCGUAUCUUGCCAAUUUCGUUUAUUUUUGCUGGAGCAUGCACGUCGUACUGGGACGACUUCUCUCCGGCCCUUCCUCUCAUUUCCUUUGAUAUUCGUCUCUUCUUUCCUUUUCCUUCGCUUCUGCGAAUCUCACCUUUCCCCCGUACAUUUCACCAACCACUCCGGCGCCAGUGCGCUCCUCCGUAACUGAGAACACACUUUUUCGGAAUCCAUGCAUGCCGUCAACCCCGCCCUCGCUGUCCCCUUUGUUUCAGCUGUCUCCCUUCCUUUUCUUAAUUCGGAGCUCGCCCGUUUCUUCUCUCUUUUUUCUACGUUUUUCGCUGCGCCGGGGGUGAAGGGUCGAAUCUCCGCUGUCGUCAUCCGUAUAGUUCAAACUCAGCCUGUGCUCUUCGUUGAGCCGGCACAGCCCUGGGGUCCGGUUCUCGUCCUUUUCUGCAGAAGACAGCUUUUUCUGCGUCGCUGUGGUGCUGCUUCCUCCUCGGCAAAGCGCUCGUGAAAUCUUGAGGAACCAGGCGAAAAACAUCUGAAAACGAGAGAUCUGGAGACCAAAGACACGCAAGACGGGCGCCAGCCGCGGAGAACGGCGAAAAACCUUUGGGUGGGUGGCAGACACAGGUCGAAAAUGCAGAGAAAAUGGAUGGUUAACUUCUUCAGUAGGCAUGCGGGGUGCCUUUCUUAGGUCCACUGUCGCUUCUUUGAAGCGUGGAGGUUUCGAUUUCCGGUCUGCACCUCUUGUUUGUGUGUCCCUCUCAGUCUUCUUGAACACCUCCUCUGUCGCCUUGUCCAAAGGAUCUGCGCAUGCAGCAGGACGAAUCUCUAUCUCUUCCUCUUACGUAUCAUUUCUUGUUUUUCCCAUGCGCGUCCUUUCUUAGCGUUUUCCUUCUCUUCCGGGCUACCUCUAAGGAACCCAGAAACGGAGUGUGCUGCUCGAAAGCAGAGAUUUUUCUCCUUCGUUGUUCUCCCUCCACUGUCUUGAAUCCCCCCUUCUCGUCUUCAGUCCUCCAGUCCUGCAUCUUUUCUCCUUGUCUCUCUUUCUCGUUCUCGAUGAUCUCUCCUCUCUGCCAGCCUCGUCGACCUCUCGCUGUGUGUGUCUCCUGUCCCCUGCCGCCUUCCUUCGGCUCUCUGUGAGCGCGGUCUGAAGUCCCCAAACAGGCAAACUCAGGAGACGCAGAAAUCGCGUCUUCUCCUUUUUCUGUCUGCAUCCAAUCUUCCAGCAGGUCUCGCGUCAGAGUUCGUUUCAAGUAUAAACAACGCGCCGGGAUCUCUCUCGUCUCCUCGCCACAAUGGACGAAACAAAUCUUCCAGCUCCAGCAGAGGCAGGGCGAAACCCACGGGCGCUGACCCUCGGGGGUGUGGCGGCCCGCGGGAUCGCUUCAGGCCCAAGUGGCGACGGGCGCUGUCUGGGUGGAUCCCCACAUGGAGAGACAGGUGUCUCUGAUCAGACUGCAUGCGGGUCUUCUCCUUCCGGGCAAGAGGAAGGCGAGGCGAGCUGUGGGGUCUCUGUGGGAGCUGUUGACUUUGAGAUGACGCAGCAAGAAACAGAAACGAAAUGUGUCAGUGAAGGCGUGAACAACUUCAGCGCGACUCCUUCUUCCCGGUCUCACUCUUCUCUCGCCCUUGAGAACUCAGCCGGUGUCCAUACACCUGCGGAGGCGAGCCACGCGUUUCCAGGCUCUUCAGGUUUUCCUCGAACACCCAAAGGAGAGCAGAGUCGGACGGAUACACUCAGGUGCAAUGAAGAGAGGCGCUUCCUUGUUCCUCUCCCCUCCAGUCUUGCUCGCUUUUCUUAUCGCUUGUCUACGUCCGGAAGAAAGACCCAAGUAGUGAAGACGCUUGCAGGCCGCUACACGGAAGGAGAUGGCCCUCCGCCGUCGUCGUCCACUUCCAACGAACAUGAAAGAAGGUCUGCAUGUUUUGCUUCCAUCGUUUCUUCUGCCUCGGAGGCCUCUCAUGCUUCUCCCUCAGCCUCAGGCGGCCCCCGGAGGCUCGAUGGAGAGGGGAGGCCGCCCGUAGAGGUUGAGAAGAGACAGCAGGAGGCGCCGACAGUCCUGGAAAGAAGACACGGUGACAGCUACCUCUCUGUGGGGUUCUCCUGGGCCUGCAGGCACCCGUGGGGUCUUGAGGUGCUUCUGACUGAGCAUGCGAGAGAUCGGGCUCUGGCGAGAAGAGAGAGGAAAGCUCCCUCACCGAAAAUGCCGACACAAGAAGCCGCGUUGCCCCUCUCACCGAUAAGAAACGGACAACUUCUCUACCCCUCUGCCUCUUCUGCAUGCGCUCAAGAAACGCCCAAGUUUGAUGGAAAUGUGUCUCUCUCGAGAGGGAGCCAGAGAACGCGUUUGGAGACUUCGUUUCAACGGGAUGAAGCCGACAGGAAAACAACAGUUCUUCAGAAGGCAUGGGGCUGCGAACGCGAGGAACGCAGGGAAAAAGAUGGAAGGAAAGAUGGAGAGGGCGAAAACAUGGUACCUCUUUCUUCUCUCUGUUGCCCUUGCUGUCUCUGCAAGGGCACAGGGUGUUGUGACACCUGGAGAGCGUCGGCGGCCUUCUCCCGUGAUUUGGCGUCACAUGCAACUUCUCGGCAUUGUUUCUGCUGGGCCCAGUGUCUCUCCGUUUCUCCCGUCGACUCUUCACAGACACCAGAGGGCAGAAAUGGAGAAGAAGGGCAACAAGCGAAGGAAGAACUCGAGGUGCACAAGCGACUUCAGGUCAGAGAGGCAAGAGAGGCAGAGAGAGAUCACCAAUCAGUCAGAAAAGAAGAAGAGAGACGACGAAACAGGAAACAUUUUGCUCUCGUUCAGGGCGAUGCGACUGUCUCUCUGUCCGCCUCCUCGGUAAAACACUCCACAUCGAUCGCGUCUGCCGUCUCCCGGUGUCUCCCCGGCGAAGAGAACGCGUCGUGGCUGCCGCCGUGCAAAGCUUUCGGAGAUCACUGGGAGGCGGCCAUCAAUCCGGACUUUUGUCAGUUGUCUCCUUGUUGUGCGGCGACCUCUCUCGUAAGGAGGGCGACAAACGAGACAGAGACACAGAGUGCACACCCCUCCUCGCCGCUUGCCUCAGAUCGCUCUCCUUCGCGACUCACGCGAGGCGACGACGACCAGCAGGGCUCCAGGGAACCCAAAACGCAUGAAGAGAAUGCGUGCUUCUUUGCAAAAGAAAAACGAGCUUCGCUUGCCUCUUCCACUCCGCAUGCUCUCGCUUCAAGUCACUCGCCGUCUCGGGCCUCUUCUUCGUCGUCGUGUCUCCACAACACCCCACAGGCCACCAGACCCACCACCUGUUCCUCCCCCGCUUCUUCCUCCGUUUCUUUUUCUUGUUCUUCCUCGUGCUCUCCUUGUUCCUCUUUCUAUCCGUGUUGCGUUCGUCGCGUUCGCUUUUUUCUUCCCGAGCACUUGGCUCUGCAAGAUCUCUUGCCAUCGCUGCGACCGUCGAGCGCGGCGUGGGGAGCGGCGUCUCCACUGUCUCCUCACCCGGAGUGCCUGGAGAGGACGAAGAAGGCAGCUGCUGCGGGCGACGGGGCUUUUGGCUCCCAGAAGGACGGAGAGGGAGUUGGACUCAAAGUCCACAACCAGGUUCACUUGCCGUACGUGGUUGGAGCCGGAGGCAGCUUCGCAGGCGUGGGGUUCGUCCCGGCUCUCUGCACCUGCAAAGGGAAGGACUAUUUCAAGUCCUGGCUGCUGCAGAGACACCGAGAGCUCGACCGCGAGCGACAGCGGAGACACCUGGAGCGCGGGGCAGAACGGAGCCCGAAGACGCAAGAAGAGCAGAGAGAUGACGCGGAGGAGACCUUCGAAAAGCCACCAGAGAUGACACCGGGAAAGACGGUGAAAAAAGAAGGGCAGGAAGGGACCGGGCACGACGAGAAGGGUGGAGAGCAGAGACCCGACGGAGUCAAGAAAGAAAAUCAAAGCGAGGAGAAGACAGCUUCGGGAAACGACGGCAAAGGAGUGGGGGAGCAAGGGAAUUCGAAUGCGGUGGACUCGGCCGGCGUUGUCGGAUCAGCUUCCUUUUCUCCAGGGCCGUCCUUGAAGCCUGGCUCCGAGUCGCCUUCGCUUCCUUCCGUCUGUCCAAGUCCAGGGUGUCAGGGCCUGCUGUUUGUCCCGUACUCUCUGAUCGAGGUGCCUCUCGUCCGCGGCGUUGAGAGCUUGUCGACGCUUGCAGAGAGCGUCGCUUUGCCGUCAAAGACAGAGCUGUUUUCUGGGUUUCUACGGCACUCAGCCGUCGUGGUGUGCACCAGCGAGACGCACGAGCAGCGCUGCUGGCGGGCGCUGAAGCAGGCGAAUCUCCAUCUGUCGGCUCUGGUCUUCGACGUCUACGCCAACGACUUUGUCCCCUUCCACAGCGCCCGCGAGCGUCAAGGGGCAGGGGUCGACUCGCGCGCGGGCGACCGGAAAGUCUUGACCAAGGAGCAGGCUCAACUCAACCAACACCUGACCGAGUUGCAGCACGUGGGCGAAGAAGCGUCUUCGUCUGCUCUCUUGGCGGCCGGCCACGAAGAGGCGCGGGAGAAGAAGGAAGGCGAGGAAGCCGAGGGCAGCGAAACCAACGGAAGAGAGACCGAUUGGGGGGACUUGGAAAGGUCGCUAGCUUCUGUAGUUUUCCCGCAAGAGGCGACCGAAGGCAGGGAACGGAUUGGAAGCUUUGCUGCGGAGCGAAGGCCGCUCGAGGUGACGCUCAGAAGUGUGGGGUCUCUGGGAAAGAAGAGGGAGAAGCAAGAGACAGAAGAAGGGAGGAGACGUGUAGGGACGGCCGCCGAUGCAAGGAAGGAAGAAGCAGGUGGGCAACAGAACGCCGCAGGCGCCUGCGGACGAGGAGCUGGAAGGCGAGGAGUGGAGGCAGAAGAAGAGGCUUCGGAGGAUGAAGACUCAGAGGAGGGAUUCGAAGACGCAGAGGACGAGCGCCUGUUCCUUCUCCGCAGCCUCGCGACUCGCUUGCUUGCGGAAGAAGAAGGAGGGUUCGGAGAAGAAGAGAGCGAGGGAGAAAUCGAGAGACACGAAGGACAAAGGCUCAUAACGCCCAUCGCCCACCAAAAAGAAGGCGACAAUGCGUCCGUUUCCUCACUAUCUCGCGUCAAGGCGGAGCCCACAACCGCUCUCGAGGGUGACGAAAGGGGAUGCAGAGAGAAGCAGGACGGAGAAGAGACAGAGGAACAGGAGACACUUGCGAAGGGACAACUGGCCAAAAAUACUUCACCCAGUGCCCCUUCUUCGCAGAGACGCAGAAGAGAAAUAACGGACCACAACUCGCAUGCUGUGGGGACGGUGGCGGAGACAGGAAGGAGGCUCGAGAAAGCAGGUCGCCGAGCCGGCUUGCUUCGCAGGCGCGAAUUUCUGAGUUUACUGACCAGCGUCUUCUCUCCCGACAGCAUGGGGGGGGAGAGCAAGAAAGCGACGAGAAGAAGAAGAGAGCGACUGGAUGCAAACGAGGGACGUCUGCUCGCAAGCCUGAGUCGCGCAGCGACGGAUACUGAAUCUGAGAGAGAAGACGCGGAGAAAACAGGUGUGGACUCUGCAGGGAAAGCGAGGGAAGCUAGAGCCACAGAGAAGAGACAGAAGCCGACAGCAAAUGUAUCUGCUUCCUCAGAAUUGCAAAGGAGUGCCGAUAGGCUGCGGGGCGAAAAGGCCGCUCGGUGGUUCGACUGUCUCUCCUCGGAGUCGCAAACGAGUGUGUCGCCCUCGUCGUCUCGCGACUCGAGUCCACUGUCUCCCAGGGGGACAGCUCUCUCGUCUCUUGUCUCUCUUCCUUCUCCUCUCGGCUCUUUCCCCUACUCUCGUCUAGGACGGAAAGAGAACGAGGAGGGCGAAGACGGCAUGGCCAGAAGGGAGAAGCGAAGUCGCGUCGAGGACAGAGAGACCCGCAGCAUGCGCGAGUCCUACUGCAGGCGCCGCGGCUUGGUGUGGGGAGAAGAACAAGAAGAGGAGCUUCAGAGACUCGAGACUUUCUUCAAAAACACUCCACACAUCGCGCAUCCCCUCCCGCGUGCUCCGUCUUCUGGUGGCACAGAUGCGACGGAGAAUCGAGUGAAGAAGGAGAAAGCGGAAGAAGAGCGCAGGAAAAGACAAAGGACUCGCGUCCCUGUUCCUGUAGUCCCCCCGAGAAUCAGUCGACAGAUCUCGCCUCCACCUAAACCGCCUCUUUCUUCUUUCAGGGGGCUCCAAGAGGGAGACGUCGCACGCGCGAGCGGCCGUGGUGGCGAGUCGAUGGAGGCCGGCGAUUUCGCAAAUCCCUCUGGAAGUGGAAUUCUGCGUCCAGAAGGUAAAGCUGAGCCAGUGGUGCUCUUGCCUCGCAAGUCUGUCCCCUACGCUCAGAGAUAUGCGAGUGACGGGAACCCGUUGCCCGGUUCUUCUUCUUCAGUUGACAAGGAGAGAGCGAAUGUGCGGGAGAAGGCUGAAGAGUUUGCGGGCGUUCCAGGGGGCUUCGUCUCUCCUCUGGAGUCGGGCAGCCGUCCGUCGGGGGCCUUUGUCCCCAACCAGAGAGAUGCGUGUGCGUCAAGGUCGUUGACAGACAGUGGGUUCCACGUGGCUUCGACGGACCUGCGGCGAGAGGCGGGGCGAAGCUUAGAGGCCGGAAGAGACGGCGUGUCGUUUUACUCGGAAAGCGGUAAGAUCACCCUUCUCCCAAACAGUCGGCAGAAGUCUGAUCAAAAGAGUCCGUUGGGAGUGACUCACCAGAGAGGGCGAGACCCGCCGGGGCCGUUCUCGCCUCAAAGCUUCUGUCCGUAUGGCGUGACCGCACGCAUGGGUGGCGCAACGGGAGAAGAGAGGAGACACACGGGCGCCGAGGGAGAAGAAGAAGCGAAGAAGGAAGUCGAACAACAGAGACAACACGCGCGGCUCAUGAGGCAGCACCCGAAACCGAACUUGAGAAACUUCUAACUCGGCGUUUUUGGCCAUGUGGGCUCGCGUGACAUGUCGUCGGUCGAUGUUCGCUCCCCCCACAUCGCCGGGGAAGGCUGGAUGGUCGGGAGAACUUCCCUUGAGAAGAGAGCGCGAGCGAGAGAAGGGUACAAGAGUUGUGUCGUUCACCCGGUCUCGGAGUCUAGACGAUUUCGAUGCGAUUUCUGGGGUGAGUCGUACCUCGCACUGGGGAGCGCAGGAACGGCAGGAACAGAAGACCAUGGGCAGCGCAAGGAUGUGGGCGGAGGGUCUCUCCAGAAACGAGGAGGAGAGAGAAAAGAGGGAUGUUGGAGCUUUUGCGUGUCAGACAGAGAAGAGAGGAACAGGUGAAUCGCAUGCUACCAUGAGACGAAGGAAGAGACGCGUGCUGCCCGGGCGUCGACAGUGGGUGCCGUGAAUUGCAGGCAGGCGAUUGCAAUCUUCUGUACAGUUGGAGAGAUCGACUUCCACUCUCUUAAGGUUCAUAAAGAACGACGAACACACUGUCAGUGUAAUGGAAGGACGGAACACAGCCGUUGGUAUUUGGAGCGGUCUUGACAGAAAACCUGUCGUCGAGUGGUCACUUGCAUGCAUAGCCAACGAUGAUCUUAUUAAACUCACAAGGCAGCUCCAGACAGAGACAGCACAUGCAGUCGCCACAGAAAGUUCAGCGGGACCGAACCUCAGUAAUUUCUACUGCUACCUCGCUAAAAGGUGCCUCAUCUGCAUUCGCGUCUGGCCCCCCA